UUUAUUCUUUUUUGUGAAGAACAUAUUUUUUUCAGUUUCAGUUCAGAAAAGAAAAACCAUCAUCUUUCAAUUUCCUUCCAAAAAUUAUUUUUUUCCUUCGUUUUGCGGCAUUUAGUGUAACUUUAUGAACAGAUUCGUUCAUAAUCAGGUUUGGUAAUUAAAAUGAAAGGAGGAGGAGGGUUUUCAAGAAUUUGGGGAAAAGAAUUCUCUCUUCUACUGAUUGUUUUAAUUGGAGCAAUAAUUUUAUUAUGGGCAUGGGAUAGGACUCCUUUUCUUGCUACUUUACUUCCACCUAAACCGCAAUUGCAGUUGCAGAUAUUUCAAGAACCAAAUUUACAUACAAGCAAAGGUUUAGAUGCUACAAAUCAGACUCCUGUAAGCAGCAAUUCUUCAAGAAGUCCUGUUCAAGAAGAAGAACCUUCUCCGAUUGCAGAGGAUACAGAAACAAAAGGUCACCAGGUUGUGGAAGGUGGAAAAAAUGGCUCUGUAGAAAGUUUUAUUGUGACAGAGACCAAAGGAAAGCAUAGCGAUUAUGAAGCAGAGCAUAUUUCUAAAGGAAAAGAGCAGGCUCUGGAUUUUACGGAAACAGAGUCUUCUGCAAAUGCAAGCUCUUCUGUAACUAACCCCGAAGUUCAAGACUAUAAGGUAGAGGAAUCAGAAGAAAAUAGCAGUGCUAAGAAUUCUACGAAGUCUGAAGCAGAUGAAAACCAUAACAAGAUCAGAGGAGAUGAAGAUCUGAAAGAAAAUUAUCAACCAGGGGCACCCUUAGAUUCUGCAUAUACAAGCCCUUUACAGAGGGGACAAGCUAAGAAGAACUUUACAACGGUUGCUGAGACUGAGCAAGAACAUAUUUCUGAAGGAAAAGAGCAGGUUCUGGAUUUUACGGCAACAGAGUCUUCUGCAAAUGCAAGCUCUUCUGUAACUAACCCCGAAGUUCAAGACAAUAAGGUAGAGGAAUCAGAAGAAAAUAGCAGUGCUAAGAAUUCUACCAAGUCUGAAGCAGAUGAAAAGCAUCAAAAGAUCAGAGGAGAUAAAGAUGUGAAAGAAAAUUAUCAACUAGGGGGAUCCAUAGAUUCUGCAAAUACAAGCUUUUUACAGGGGGGACAAGCUAAGAACUUUACCACUAUUGUUGUGACUGAGCAAGAACAUAUUUCUAAAGGAAAAGACCAGGCUCUGGAUUUUACGGCAACAGAGUCUUCUGCAAAUGCGAGCUCUUCUGUAACUAACACCGAAGUUCAAGACAGUAAGGUAGAGGAAUUAGAAGAAAAUAGCAGUGCUAAUAAUUCUACCAAGUCUAAAGGAGAUGAAAAGCAUAGCAAGGUCAGAGGAGAUGAAGAUGUGAAAGAAAAUUAUCAACUAGGGGCACCCAUAGAUUCUGCAAAUACAAGCUUUUUACAGGGGGGACAAGCUAAAAAGAACUUUACUACUAUUGUUGUGACUGAGCAAGCCUGUAAUUACGCAAAAGGAAAAUGGGUCGUUGAUGAUAGCCGACCUUUGUAUUCUGGGUUUGAUUGUAAACAAUGGCUGGCUCCAAUGUGGGCCUGUCGGUUGAUGCAACGUACAGAUUUUUCUUAUGAAAAGCUACGGUGGCAACCAAAGAGCUGUGAAAUGGAGUCGUUUGAAGGGACUAAAUUCUUGAAGAGGAUGCAAGGGAGGACUCUAGCUUUUGUUGGAGAUUCACUAGGAAGACAGCAAUUCCAGUCUUUUAUGUGCAUGAUCACGGGUGGAAAGGAGAGUCCUGAUGUACAUGAUGUAGGAAUUGAGUAUGGACUUGCCAAACCUCAGGGUGGUGUCCGCCCUAAUGGGUGGGCCUAUCGGUUUCCAACUACCAAUACUACUGUUCUUUAUUACUGGUCAGCUUGCCUUUGUGACUUGGAACCUAUCAAUAUCAAAAACCCAGUCACUGAUUAUGCCAUGCAUCUUGAUCGGCCACCUUCAUUUUUGCGCCAGUUUCUUAAAAAAAUAGACGUCCUUGUUCUCAAUACUGGGCAUCACUGGAAUCGUGGGAAGAUCAAGGCAAAUCGCUGGGUCAUGCAUGUGGGUGGAAAGCCUAACACCAACAAGAAGUUAGCAAUGAUUGGGGAUGCCAAAAAUUUCACAAUCCACAGUAUUAUUGACUGGGUGAAUAAGCAGCUCCCGAAAAAUCCACAAUUAAAAGCCUUCUACCGGAGCAUCUCACCAAGACAUUUUGUUAACGGCGACUGGAACACUGGAGGAAGCUGCGACAACACAACCCCUAUGUCCAUAGGGAAGGAGGUUUUGCAAGAUGAAUCUAGUGAUUAUAGUGCUGGCCGUGCAGUUAAGGGGACGGGAGUUAAGCUCUUGGACGUAACAGCUUUGUCCCAACUCAGAGAUGAGGGUCACAUAUCAAGUUAUAGCAUUACUGCCACACCGGGAGUGCAGGAUUGCUUACAUUGGUGUCUACCCGGUGUUCCUGAUACAUGGAAUGAAAUCCUUUUCGCACAAAUUAAUUCGCCAGAAGUGCAGAAUGAAUAAUUAUUGACAACUAUGAUACUGAAGAUGGCCAUAAUUCUUUUAUGGCUCGAGUCAAGCUUCAUUAUGCCUGCAAACAAGUUAUAGGUUCAGUGACGUCAUUCAACAGUGAAUCAUUGGAAGUUAUGGUUCUGAAAUUUGAUUUACAGGGAAGAGGUUCGGUUCGUUGGUUAUGAGUUACAGUAGGUCAUUGUGGUCGCAUGGGUAAAUAUUUAGCCUCUUGUGUUCCAAUCUCAUCUGAAAAUAAUCUUUAUGCGGAAUUUUAAGCAUCGGUGCAAUUGCUCCAAAAGUAGGAAGAACUAGUUCAGGGAGAAGAGUAAAGAUAUUAAUUGUCAAUUAUUUCAUUGAUGUACAAUAGCUGAUAAUUGUGCAAAUAUAAGUAAUUCCGACGUAAUUUUAGGUUUAUUUUAUUUAUCUCGUUA